GCUAAACUGGCAGCACUGCAAACACUGUUUGGCAAAUAUUACAAACCUUCCGCAAAAACUAUUAAUUUUAGCAUAGCCAAUUGUAAAGCCUGGAAUGUUCUGCUGUUUGCGCACCUGUCUCAACGGUGGACACCUGAGGAAGCCAGCAGCCGCGGCCAGUCGCCUCCGGGAGCCCGAUGUUCACCUGGACGCAGCACAUAUGGGAGCCGAUGUGAUCCUACUGUCGCAUCAGCUACGCGUCACGGGCACCGGAGGCGUCCUGGCUACAGCCCCUCUGGUCCAGUCAAAGUCCUACUUUGAGGUGAAGAUCCAGCAGGGCGGCAGCUGGUCAGUGGGACUGGCCACUCGCCAAACGGACCUCAGCCGGAAGUGCGGCGGCGGAGACCGCGAGUCCUGGUGCCUGUGUUCAGACAAUGCCACGCGCCACAACGACCAGGAGGAGUCCCGGCCGGUGGUGCAAGCUGCCUGCACCACCCAACCGUCGAGGACUGCCAAUGGAAUCCUCAACAAUAGUGCUGCUAAGGCGGCGGGUCUUAUUGCCAUCGAAGAUCUGCAGCAGGAGGACCUGCUCAUGACCACCGGUGUGGCGUCACCUGAUGUGGGUAUCGGCGAUUCCUUGAUUGCAUCGCCGCAGCGCGAUUUUCCCGACGAGGGCGAUAUAGUGGGAGUGGCCUUCGAUCAUGUGGAGCUCAAUUUCUAUUUCAAUGGGAAGAAUCUGGAUGUUCCCUUCAGGAAUGUGCGAGGAGCGGCCCUUUUUCCUGUCAUUUAUGUCGGCAAUGGGGCUAUCUUGGACAUAAUCCUGGACAACUUCUCGCAUGGCCCACCGCCUGGGUUCGAGCGUAUUCUGCUGGAGCAAUCGCUCCUUUAGAUACCAAACCAAACCAAAAGCCUUGAACAAAUUAACAGCUUCUCAGCAAAAACCUUGAAGGAAUUAAAAGAUGGACAGUGUGUUUUAUGACUAUAGGGCAGGAUAAUAUUCCCGGAGUGUAAGGACUUAUAUUUAGCCCAAAAAAUGUCUUUACUUUCACGUUGACUGCACUUUUAAUUAAUUUAUUUCAUUUGUAAGAUCGCCAAGUGAAAGGGAUUUAUGGUUCGACCCUUGGUCAUUUUAGUUUACAACAAUUUCGACACAAAAUUAUGGUCUUACUCCUGUCUAGUCAGCAAAAAUCAAAGUAAACCAUAAAAGUCUUUGCCAGACGUCCAGUAUAGCAACUGAUACCUAUCAAGCUUAACUUUAAUGUUAAGAUAAGUAAUAAAUUAUACAAAAUAUUUACCCUUUUGACUGUCUUAUAGUCGUGAUAUGCACUGCUUUCAUCGUUUAGGCAACACGUGUAUAAACUUUGUAACCGCUCUAGUCCUUAUCCCCUCAAAUCGAAAAGUAUUGUUUUGUUUAAUUCACUUUUUGUAAAUUACUUACGUAGCUUGACCUCGCGACUGCUUUUGUAUUAUACACAGACACACACAUAUAUAUCUCUGUACAUAGAUACAGAUGCAUUUUUUUAAUAGGCCCUAGAUCGCCCCAAAACUUCUCUCACAUUCCAAUUUACAACGGCCAUGGACCAGUCCGCCGACGUACUCGAGCACGGAAUUACCUAACUAACUGUAAGAGUGUAUCUGUAUAUCUACGAAAUUGUAUCUAAAUGUAUCUAACGCUUUGAAAACUGAUUAAUCCGCGCGCGGACAAUAAAUCUAUGUUACGUAAAGAAA